UGCAACAGCAGCAGCGCCCAGAGCUCGAAGCGGAAUAUGGGGAGCGACCACCUUCAAGUCACAUACACUAUAUUUCAAUUAAAACCACCAGGAUGGAUUUUUCUGUAUUUUUGCAACUGCUUGGCGGAAGUGUACUUUUGGACAAAAGCUAUAAUAUCAAAAGCCAAAGAAAGGUGUAACAUGUCUAUUAUUUGGAAAUAUUAAAUGGAAGCAACAAAGCGAUAAGGAUUCAUCGAAAUGGUUUACGGCCAGAUAUUCGAAAGGACAGUGCCUGAUCAUGAACUUAUUAAUAUAAACGUGGGAGGAUUCAAACAGAGAGUCGACCAGGGUACCCUGCUGCGGUUUCCUCACACCAGGUUAGGAAAACUACUGAACUGUGACACUGAGGAAGCUAUUUUAGAGCUCUGUGAUGAUUACAAUGUUGUGGACAAGGAAUAUUACUUUGAUCGGAAUCCCUGCUUGUUCCGGUACAUUUUGAACUUCUACUACACUGGGAAACUGCAUGUCAUGGAAGAGCUUUGUGCAUUUUCUUUCAGCCAAGAGAUCGAGUAUUGGGGAAUUAAUGAACUUUUCAUUGACUCCUGUUGCAGCAACAGGUACCAAGAGAGGAAGGUGGAUAAAGAUUGGGAACAGAAAAGUGAUGAAAGUAUUGAUUCCUCCUUUGAAGAACUGUCAGCUUUUGAUAAAGAUUUGCAUAAAUUUGACAAUAUGUGGUGUGGAAAAAUAAGAAAGAAUGUUUGGAUCAGGUUAGAAAAUCCUGGACACUCACUCUUGGCCAAAAUCUUGGCAAUUUUAUCUUUAAGUGUGGUCCUUAUAUCCAUUGUGGCUAUGUGCAUUCACAGCAUGCAUGAGUUCCAGGAAUUUGAUGAGGAUGACAAAGAGAUAGUUAAUCCUGCACUAGAAGGACUAGAGAUCGCAUGUAUAGUUUGGUUCACCGUGGAGUUCAUUGCAAGGUUCACAGUUGCGCCAUCUCUAAAGAAAUUCUUCAAAAACCCCUUGAAUAUAAUUGAUUUUGUAUCAAUUCUACCAUUCUACUUCACACUGGGCGUGGAGAAAAUGGAUGAGGACAGCGAGGAGUUAGAAAACGUGGGUAAAGUGAUUCAAAUCCUUCGUCUCAUGAGGAUAUUCCGUAUCCUGAAACUGGCCAGGCAUUCAGUGGGGCUACGGUCAUUGGGAGCCACACUCAGGCACAGCUACCAUGAAGUUGGGCUCUUGCUCUUGUUCUUGACAGUUGGGAUCUCCAUAUUCUCUGUCCUUGUUUAUUCUGCUGAAAAAGAUGAAACUGAGUCAGGGCUUCAUAGUAUUCCUAUGAGCUGGUGGUGGGCAACCAUCAGCAUGACCACAGUCGGGUAUGGGGACACCUAUCCUGUCACUCUAUUAGGAAAACUCAUUGGAAGCGCCUGCAUUUUAUGUGGGAUUUUGGUAGUUGCUCUCCCCAUUACUAUAAUUUUCAAUAAAUUUUCCAAGUACUAUAGUAAACAUAAAAUGGUGGACAUUGACAGUUGCAAUGCAGAACUUGUAGAAGGUUGUUCUGAUUUACCUUACAUGAAUAUUCGAGACAUAUAUGCCAAAAAUAUGCACUCUCUCAUGGCUAGUAUCUCUUCCAUGGUUAGCACCAAUGCCAGUGACCAUAGCACCAUAGAUGCCUCUAGCAUCCACGGUCUAGAAAUUGUUCAGAACACAGCACUUGAGAACUGUUCAGCAAAAUAGAACUUUAUUUUAUUGGCUAAUCUCACUGCUUUCCAAUCAAAGUUCUGUUCUAUGAUUAUUUAUUUGUUGCAUUUUAAAAUACUCAGGGUAUAUAUGUUUGACAUACUACAAUCAUUUAAGUAGCUAGUGUAUCAAAAUGGAAAUGAAAGAAGCAUGUGAAUUAAUUUCCUGACUUCUACUUUAUGCAAGUAUACAUGUUGUUAGUGUUUUGUCUGUUUCUAAAGUAAAUGACAAUGCAAUAUAAACUCAGUCAAAUGAAAAUAUAUGAUACUGAUUGUAUGCCUGCAGGAAAACAUGAAUUUAUUUGUUAUUCAUUUUGGGAACGAGAUGCAAACCAGCAGAAAUUAUAACUGCAUCAGUUUAGGAAUAGUUUCCAUUUCUUAAAUGCGUGCAGAAAAGACUGCAUGAAAAGAAAGAAUAUAGACUUUUAAAAUAUACAUAUAUUCUGUACAAUGGUUAAAGUAAUAAGAAAACUUAAUAAAUAUCCAUUUAAACUA